AAAUCUAGCGUCGUGUACGGCAUAAAGAAAUCAAAAGGAAAUAUUUAAAAUAAAAGACUUCAACCGAGGACUUUGAAAGUGUUGUAUUAAUCCAAGGCACUCACCAAAGAGGAGUGAGAAGAGAGCAAGACCACGAAACAGAAUGACAAGCUCAUCUGCUCCCAGGAUGGUGAAUAGUUACAAACGGACUUCCAGCCCCAGAUCACCCACCAACUGGGGGGAGCUCUUCACCCCAGCCCAUGAGGAAAACGUGCGCUUUAUCCAUGAUACCUGGCAGUGUGUGCUCAGAGACAUCAGAUCAACACAAAACAGUGAACGAAAUGACCGUGGACCACAGGAAUAUGUGGAGAAGAAUCCAAAUCCCAACCUACAUUCUUUCACACCGGUGGACCUGACCGACCUCAAGAAGCGCAACACACAGGACUCCAAGAAGUCCUAGUCCUCCUUGAGAAGGUGUUAAGCACUUUUUAUCCACCCACCCUUGAGAACAUUUCCUCUGACAUCCAAAGUCAGCCCUGUUUUGCCAGUAUGAGGCAGAAUGCCAAGCGAUUUCCUGUGAACGUUGAACCACAGCAAGCCCGUCUGUCUUUACACUCUACAGCUGAUGAGGAGGAUAGGCUGGAUUUCCAUAAAUUUAAAUUAACUCUCACUGUCUGGGUUCAUUUCCAAGGCCACGCAAUCUUCAUAUUAUGUAUGAACGGGACGGAUAAACUUCCAUCAGUUGUUGCUGGCACCUGAUGCUGAUUUGCAAACUGUUGACACGCUCCACGGGACGUGGAAGACUCCAGUCUUGACUAGUAAUACGACGGCUACUUUGACCUUGGAGAAAAACGAGAAAGGGCUGACUUUCUUUUCUGUUGUUUGUUUUGUAGAAAGAUAGUGAGCUAGCUUGUAGAAGUAAGGAAAUUGUCCCAUAAAAUGCAGACUCCAUGACCGUAUUCUGAAAGCCAAAUGCAAUGCCAGGAUUUUGAAACAAAUUUGUGUGUUCCGACUAAACCAAUACGAAGAAUCUUCUCAAAGUACCCUCCCGACCCCCCCAGAUUAACACCUCUUCCCAAAGCCUUGAAACAAAAUGCUGAAUAAAAGACUUUUACACAA